AUGCAUAUCAAAAAACCACGUCUCUGGUCACCAAGUACAAGAUCCAAUUUUGAGAUGGCGAUGCCUUCGUCUGCGCUAUUCAUUGAAUGCGGUGGAAGCAGAUCCAGCACGCCCUGCACAAGAUCAAAUGUUGAAAUGGCGGUGCCUUCAUCUGCGCAAUUCAUUGAAUGCGUUGGAAGCAGAUCCAGCACGCCCUGCACAAGAUCAAAUGUUGAAAUGGCGGUGCCUUCAUCUGCGCAAUUCAUUGAAUGCGGUGGAAGCAGAUCCAGCACGCCUUGCACUACUCAAUUAGAGACCAUUCCACCAAAAAAGCGUCAUAUUUUAACAGAUAUUGAAAUUGACGAUAUUCUGAAUUUUGGUAGCGAGUCUGAAGAUGAAGCAUUCCCCAUUUUCGUGCCAAGGACUGAGCGUAUGUUUUUUAUGAAUGACGACGCUGAGGACGAGGUAGUAAUGUCUCAAUCUUCUGGUAUCCUACUGGACCUGUCGGCAUCUCGGGGGGGAAUGCCAACAGGAAAUGCUAAUAUACUAUACAGCAUGCCGGCCGGACCCGAGCGAUUCCUCUUUGAUUGGAAAGCUUUUCCAGAAACACCGAUCCCUCCACGGGAUAGGAGUGAAAUUUUUAGAGAAGCAGGAGGUCCUGUUCUGAACUUGCCAGGACAAUUCGUACAGAGUCCAGAAGCCAUAUUUCUGUUUAUAUGGGACAGCGCAAUCAUAGGUCAUAUUGUUGCAGAAACAAAUAGGUAUGCCGAAGAAGAGAUUUCUGAAAGACAAGAUACUCUUGGAACCCAAUCGCGACUGCACCGCUGGACUCCUACAAACGUUGACUUGACUUGUAUCUUUAUUUUGGGAUACUUUUGGCAAUGGGACUCUGUUUAA